AUGGAAGAAACGUCGAAGCUGCAGUUGCCGGAGACCUUCCUUAGAUUUCUAGAGGCCAAUGGCCUUGAUCCUUCAAUCUAUACUCACGGAGAUUCAAUUCCGCGCUAUGUAAGGUUGAAGCCUGGGUUGGAGGACAGUCUGGAAGAGAUUGAAUGCGAGAUUAAAUGUAAGCUGGAGAAGGUGAAUUGGUUAGCUGGGUUUUACUCUAUCCCUCCACAUGUUCAUAUAGCGAGUUCCAAGGCGUAUCAGCAAGGGAAGAUGUACGGAAUCGACGCAGCUUCCGGUGCCGCUGUUUCAGCUCUGGGUAUCUCUCCGGGAGACCAUGUCUUGGAUCUUUGUGCUGCUCCUGGUGCUAAACUAUGUAUGAUGCUGGACCUGCUGGGUGAGACUGGGACUGCAACAGGUGUCGAUGUAGCAAAGCAUCGCCUCGCUGCCUGCAGGACAAUUCUUCAAAAAUAUGGGGUUGGUCAAAGGAGUCGCCUUUUUCUUGCUGAUGGAACCACUUUCUCUGUCCCACCUACCACAAAUUCAGGUGGCUCACCAUGUCUGGACGAUCAUGAAGACACAUUCCAGCAGUGGACUUCUCGUAGACCUUACAAAGAAAGGAAACAAGCAGCCAAGGCCAGGAAUCACCCUGUUUUGCCUCAGUAUGGACAGCCGGAGAUUAUUUUCUACGGACAGAGCUCUGGGGUGAUAGGGUUACAAAAAAAGGAACUUUAUAGAUCCCUUGACCAACAGGAAUAUGCAUUUUGUGGGUAUGACAAGGUUCUUGUAGACGCAGAGUGCACACAUGAUGGUUCAAUCAAGCAUAUACAAAAAUUUGAGCAAUGGGGUUGGACAACGCUGGAACGCCGUGUACUGGAUGCUGAGAGAACAGAUAGUAACUUGACAAGUCUUCAGUUGAAUCUACUGAAAAAUGGAUUCAGGUUGUUGAAACAAGGCGGCACUCUUGUAUACAGCACCUGCAGUCGUGUAACUAUCAGUUUGACGCAUGCCCAAAACGAAGAUGUGGUGGAUCAGUUCCUUGCUGAAGAUUCCUCUGCAGAGCUGCAAGAGAUAGAAAUGGCAAAGGAUUGGCCUUGUAGAAGUGGUCGCAUUCCUAAAACAGUGCGUUUUGAUCCUUGGACCUCAGCAACCAGCGGCCUUUUCGUUGCAAAAAUAAGGAAACUACCUCCCAAAGAAGCAGAGAAGAAUGUCUUGUGA